AUGAGUUUCCUCAACGAACUGCAGAAACGCAAAAAUGUGCUGAAGAAAACAGAAACGGUUGUCACUAAAGUCGACGGCCAACGGUACGUCGAGAAAGACUCCGUAGUAACGGCUAUAUGUCCUAACACUUACGGAUUUGUAGUAGACACGAAACCUGACAAUGUUCCCGCGUUAAUAUCGGACCAUGUGUACAUAGGAUCACAGGAUUGUACAGCUAGCAAUGUCAUAGAGGCUUAUAAUAUUAAACAUGUGCUUAGUUUAGGCAUAAAUGUUGAUAUAGCAGUCAGUAAUAAGGUCAUUAACUGCUUAGAUUUACCUGAAACAGAUAUCAAGGAGGUAUUAUUAGAAAGUUUGCCAUACAUUCGUCAGGCUGUAGAUUCCAAAGAGAAUGUUCUAGUUCAUUGCAAUGCGGGCGUUUCCCGAACCUCUAUGGUGGCUAUAGCUUAUCUAAUGCACUAUGAAAACAUGCAUUUUGAAAACGCUUAUGAUUUAGUGAAAAGUAAAAGGCCUGCUAUACAGCCUAAUGAUGGAUUUAGAAAACAAUUGAAGGCUAUGCAGCCUGGACAAAUAAUAUAG